AAUUUUUAAUAUAAUGUCGACUUAUUUUCAGUAUCUAUGAUAAAAGUUCAUUAGUGUCACUGAAAUGUAAAUCUUAAGCUAAUUUUGGUUAUAAGCUGCGAUAAACAACCAGGAAAAACCAAAACUUGAAUUGAUUCAUUUAGUAUGUGAAUAGUGCAAUUGUUUAUUUUUUUGAUAAGUAUAAUGAACGGAGACUUGAUUAAAGAUUUACUGAAAUUAAUUUUGUUGAUUGAUAAAAGCCUUUCACUUUAAUUAUAUCCAGUUGACAACUUAUAGUUGAUUGAUUACCAUGGAUUGUGUUACAAGUUACAACAGUUGAUACUGAAGGAGAUUCAUAGAGAGUGAUGGUAAUCAAGGAGUACACCAUAAUUUGAUCUAGUUGAACCAGUUUAUCGGAACCAAAAAUCAACAUAAAUUACCCUUGAUAAGAUGUGAAAAUACAAUUAUAACUAUACAUCGCAACGUCUUAGUUAUCGAUGUUAUAAAUGGUUGUGAUUAACGUGAGUUAUCCUUAACAUUAUCCAGUCUUGCGGUGAAACCAACUCAACUUUACUCAACGAUUCAAUUUACCAUUCAAACUUGUGCUAAAUUGUUACUGUUACUGUUACAGCUAAAUCCACCCGAAAGAUAAUUGUAUAAAUUAUUUUAUUCAAGUAACAAUUGGAUGUAGUUUGCCUUUUGAUUGCUAUGGUUGCCUCUAUUAAGUCCAUUGGUUUAAUCAUUUCGAUGAUUUGUUUAAUUUUGAUCCAUUCAACGGACCAACAAAUGGUUACAAAUGAAAGCUAUUGCUUGACCAAAAUGAAUUCGUCCCUAACUACCUGUGAAGGUAACCUUGAAAAUCGCCUUGAUCUUUCCCAUCAACCCGAUGAUUUUGAAAUAUCAGGCUCUCAUUGCUGUUAUUUGGCUGAAUUUACUCAUUGUGUGGAAACUUUGACCCAGGAAAAGUGCUCUAAACAACUAAAUGAUUUAUAUUCAUCUGGCAAUUUUUCAAUCACUACUAAAAUGAUUCAUCGAUGCAAAAAUUACUCUCUCUAUGGAGUAACUUGUACUCUUUUAAUCCAUAUAACUUAUAUCAUUGCCGCUGCCGUGAUUCUUGGAGCGAUUGCGGUUGUUUGCUGUGUUAUUGGAUAUCGUCGUUGGCAUAUGCUAAGGAAGGAAGCUAAGCAAACUGUUAAUCCAUUUAAUAAAUAUUGAAAUAUAAAUUGGGUGGCUUCAAAUUUUCUCCUUGUAACUCCAUUGAUAGAUAAAAAUUAUGUAUUACCAUUUUUGUGGCCAUUAUUCAACAUGAUUUACCUCUUUUAUACCAUAUUGUACCAUUCAAUGAUUUAUAUAAUUACCAUAAAUACUAUUGUGUUUAAGAUGAACAGUCAUCAAAGUAAAUACAGUAAGAUCCCAGAUCAUGAGAAUACCUUGAACUAGCUUAUUUACACUAUUAUGUGAGAUUCUCAUUAUUUGAUAUCUCUCUGUACUAGUAAAAUAUAUUGGAAAAUGAUAAAUUUAAAUAUUUCGAAAAUAAAAUCCGAAAGAUUGUCAAUCAUAA